GUUUUCUUUGCUGCAUGCAUGAUGGCGGAAAACUCAAACGUAGCCGAAGAAUCGUGAGGAGCUGCCAAUUUGCCGACAUUUGCAUGCGCAAGUCCACUCAAACGCUGAGGAGUAACGGCUAAUACUGGUUCCGACUGCCAUAAUGGAAAAAGUGGCAGAGAAAGAAGCGCACGCAGGGCUGCCCAAUGUGGUUUUGGCAAGUGAGGAGGGGAACGGGCUACCGUCAUGCAGCACGCAGGGAUAUGACGACUCAGGUACAGCCCAACAUUCUAUGAAGAGGAAACGUGAGACACAAGAUGAAGACAACACCUCUCCAAUUAAGAAACUCGUGACAGAAGAGGGCCACAGUCAGGUAGUGGCGACGCAUUACAAUACCCUUCAGGAGUGUGGUCUGGCGGCUCGCAGCCAGAGCAGAAUCUUCCACAUGCGCAACUUCAACAACUGGCUGAAGAGUGUUCUCAUUGGUGAGAUCCUGGACAAGGUGAGGCGGAGCCGUAGGGAGGUGUGUGUGCUGGACCUGGGCUGCGGCAAAGGUGGAGACCUGCUUAAGUGGAGGAAAGGCCACAUCGACAGGCUGGUGUGUGCAGACAUCGCCGCCGUGUCGGUGGAGCAGUGCCAGCAGCGCUAUAGCGACAUGAGGAGGAAGUGCCGCCCCAAUGAGCGCAUCUUCAGCGCAGAGUUCGUUGUGGCAGACUGCACGAAGGAGAUGCUGUCGGAGAAGCUGAAGGACCCGGGGAUGGCCUUCGACGUGUGCAGCUGCCAGUUCGUGUAUCACUACUCGUUCGAGACGCAGCAGCAGGCCGACCUGAUGCUGCGGAACGCCUGCGAGAGGCUUCGGCCGGGCGGCUUCUUCAUCGGCACCACCCCCGACGCCUUCGAGCUCGUGAAGCGCCUUGAAGCAUCGGACUCCAAUUCCUUCGGGAACGAGGUGUACAGUGUGACGUUUCAGAAGAAGGGAGACUACCCACUCUUUGGCUGUCAGUAUGACUUCAACUUGGAGGGGGUUGUCAACGUACCGGAGUUCCUUGUUUAUUUCCCGCUGUUCGAGGAGAUGGCAAAGAAGUACAACAUGCGUCUGGUGUUUAAAAAAACCUUCUACGAGUUCUUCAAGGAGAAGAUCAAGAACGAGCAGCACGCAUCUCUCAUGAAGAAGAUGCAGGCUCUGGAGCCAUACCCAGCAGAUGACAGAAACAAGCUAUCAUCCAGCUGCCCAGAAGAGUACGAACACGCCCAGAGGCGGGCAGAGUGCGCUGGUGUCAGAUUGCCUUUGGGUACGUUAAGCAAGUCAGAGUGGGAAGCUACAAGUAUAUACCUGGUGUUUGCCUUUGAGAAAAUGUCCUGAACACCUCAUGGAAGUUUUGUACCUUCAUGUCGGCAUUUGCAGGUGGAUUAGGACCAAUGACGGCAGAUUGGUGACAUUUUUUUGAGCAUCCUAGUCUUUUUUUUUGUUAAAGUAGCUGUUGUGAUUCAAUAUUAAAUGCCCAGAAAGAGGCAAGCUACUCAAUAAGCUGUAACUGUAUUGUGUAAAUGGAAAGUAAUGUUGAGAACCUUUCCGUGUAAAUGAAAGAUGAACAUUUUUUUUCCAUGUGAGAUGGUUAAUGGAUGAAAAAUUAGAUUUUUUUAUGUUUUUUUUUUAAUAAAGGUUGUUUUACUUUAGUUUCCCACCUAGAUGUUUAUCUACCUGCAAUCCAGUCAGCACCUGCCGGCAAAACAAGCGGUUGUUGGAUUCAUUUGUAUCAGUGGUUUGCAUUUACAAUUGAAGACUGCAAAAGACUGCUGCACAAGCUGGACAAGCUUUGGCACAGAUUAAAAGAAUGUGGAAGUUAACAUUUUAUAUGAUGUUUUCACAGACAUUUUUAGAAUCUUGGAAUACUGUAACAUUGUUGUCUUGGGUUUAGAGACUACCUCCAACCGGCAUAGUAUUUUUACAUUGAGAACGAAUAGCAGUCGGGGAUAAAGGUUAUGUUUCCUAGAUGAAUGUAAUGGUUGAAAUGCCAGACAAACAUUUGGAUCUGUCACUGCGGAAUGAUCUUUCCAUAUAUAAAGCAGCUUC